UCUCAAACCCCUGACACUCUUUCAGUGCUAAUAAGCAUUAGGUGAAUGGCCACCUUUCCCCUCAAAACUUUUCUUUUCUUUCACACAAUGCAGUAUUUUACCUUCCUCACAGUGCAGUAGAAGCAAAGAAACCAAGUCCUCUCCUGAUCACAACAUCAAAUAUGAUCUCCUCUCCGCCCUCUAGUCUUCAAGCCCCUUCGUUAACCAAUGGAAAGAGGAGCAUCCUCAUCCCUGACCAUUAUGACCUCCUCCCGAUCGGAAGUUGACACCCGCCGCCCUUUCCGGUCGGUGAAAGAGGCGGUCGCCGUCUUCGGCGAGCGCCUUCUCUCCGGAGAAGCCUAUUCUCAGAACACCAGCUCAAGCCUUAAGCCCGAGCAUCCACCUCCAAAGCCUCAAUACUCGCCUCCUUCUCCUUCUUAUUCCACGUCCUCUUCCAGAUUCAACCAAGACAGAGAUGACGAGUUGAAUAUAAUUCUAAGCACAAUGAAGAAACUGGAGUCGGAGCUCAAAGAAACCAAGCGCGAGGUAACUUUUCUUAAGCAAAGGGGUUCAGAGACAGAGAUCGCAGUCGCCUCACUGAACGCAGAGCUCCAUAAGAGCAAAGCGAAGCUUGCCGAGAUGGAAGCGGCUAGUGGUGUUUUCAUGGAAGAGGAGAAAAAUUUGAAAGUGGGAAGUGACCGUUGGGGUGUUGAGGAGGAGGAAAUCAUGGAGGUGAAGUAUGAGUACUUUCCAUCUUUGGCUGGGGCUCUGAGGCUUGGAGAGGCUGAUGCUGCUGAGGUUACUAGAAGGAGAAGGGCGAACGUUAUGAAGAAGAAGAAGAAGAAGCCUAUCGUUCCUCUGAUUGGAGACUUGUUUAAGAGGAAGAAAGAUUCUGGAAAGAUGGGGGAUUCUCUCUACAGCAAGUCUUAUUUCAGUGUAGUGUCUUCAGAUGCCUGAGCAGGGGACAUAAUCGCGUCUUAGCUCCGUUUUAAUAAACGAACAUUUUAUCAAAAUUAUAAUAAUUUUAUAUAAAUAUAUGAAUCUCCCAAUGUAUUUUUUAAAAGUGGAGAUGAUUGAAGUUUGUAUUAUGGUGACUUUUUGUUGUUUUUUUGUAAGUGUGAUUGAAGUUGGUAUGUAUAUAUUAU